CAUGCCGAGCAGAAUCGUCCACCUGACUCCUCUUCACCUACACCUGUCUCCACCCCUUCUGCGAGCCAACUUGUAGCCGAGCGUCGGCGAAUAUUCUCAGACGAGGUUCAGGAGUCUUCUAAAGAUAAUGACUUGUCUUUUAAUGUUCCGCGCGAUAUCCAGUGUGAGCCGGACCAACUGAUGCAUAGUCCUACGGGCACCAUAGUUUCUCAACAGACUCAUCCCUCUUCUAGACAGCUCUCAUCUACUCUUUUCGACUCUUACGAUGGCAAUUUGCACCUCAGGACAGCCACAUCUCUCGCCCCUGCUAAUCUUUCAUUUCAGCCACAAUCGCCGCCAGCAUCGACACCAGCGCCACUAGAGUCACCUCCAGCGGCUGUAAACACGACCGAUAUUCGACCCGGCCAGGUUUGCAUGAUGCGAGAUGGUGUGAGUAGUGUAUUCACCAAACUCGUAGGUAAAGUAAACGAUGCGGUCAACACGGCGGAUGGUGCCCUUUCACCCAAGAGACUAAGUCCAGAGACGGAAAGAUUUAAUUGCGAGUCGUAUUUAUCUGCUGGAAAACCAGCGAUUUACAAUACUGAAAGAUUGUUAUCAACAAGUAGAGUUUCCCCCGCACCAAACGUGCCGAUAAACCAAUCUCAACUCUGUGGGCCAAUGGACACUCGGCGCUCGCUGACUUCAGAGAACCUGCUCAGUCUCAGCAUGUUUGCUACGCCGAGAGGACAUCUCUCAGCAGAUCAUGACAAAUCCAAAAGUGAGUGA